UUGAGACGAAGAAUCUGAGACAGAAGAAGAAAGCAGUCUGUGGAGGCUGCAGCGGGAAUCUGUAACAGAAGAAGAAAGCAGUCUGUGGAGGCUGCAGCGGGAAUCUGUAACAGAAGAAGAAAGCAGUCUGUGGAGGCUGCAGCGGGAAUCUGUAACAGAAGAAGAAAGCAGUCUGUGGAGGCUGCAGCGGGAAUCUGAGAUUGUCUAUAAGAUGGAGCGAGCUGCGGUGGAGAUAGACGGCAGUGUGAUGGAAGGAGGCGGACAGAUCCUGAGGGUGUCCGCGGCGCUCAGCUGUAUCACCGGAUCCGCCAUCAAGAUCACCAAAGUCCGCGCGGGCAGGAGCACACCGGGGCUCAGACCACAGCACCUGAGCGGCCUCCAGCUGGUCUCAGAUCUGUGUUCUGGCAGUCUGCAGGGAGCCACCAUCGGCUCCACCGACAUCAGUCUGACUCCAGGAAAGAUCCAGUCGGGAAACCACACAGCCGACACACAGACAGCAGGGAGUGUGUGUCUGCUCCUGCAGGUCGCUCUGCCCUGCGCUCUGUUUGCUGACGCGUCCUCACAGCUGUGUCUGAAGGGAGGAACCAACGCAGAGAUGGCGCCUCAGAUCGAUUACACUGUGAAGGUGUUUAAACCGAUCAUAGAGAAGUUUGGCGUCCAUUUUGACUGUGACAUCAGAAUGAGGGGUUACUACCCUAAAGGCGGUGGCGAGGUGGCGGUGACGGUGAAUCCGGUGAAGGAGCUGCAGCCCGUCAUCAUGACGGAGAGAGGAAACAUCACCAAGAUCUACGGACGGGCGUUCGUCGCCGGAGUGCUGCCCUACAAACUGGCUAAAGACAUGUCUUCGGCUGCAGUUCGGACCAUCAGGAAGGAGAUCAAAGAUCUGUACAUUAACAUUCAAGCGCUGCAGGAGAAAGAAAUGGCGUGCGGGAACGGCAACGGUAUCAUAAUCAUCGCGGAGUCGUCGACAGGUUGUGUGUUUGCAGGUUCGGCUCUGGGGAAGAAAGGUGUGUAUGUAGAUAAAAUUGGGAUUGAAGCUGCUGAGAUGUUGCUGAGGAACAUCAGACAUAACGGCUGCGUGGACGAAUUCCUGCAGGACCAGCUCAUCAUCUUCAUGGCGUUGGCAAAGGGGACGUCUCGGAUUCGAACCGGCGCUGUGACACUGCACACGCAGACGGCCAUUCACAUUGCAGAGCGGCUCACUCAGGCAAAGUUCACAAUAACAAAGAGUGAAGACGAACUCAGCAGCAACGUUACUUACAUCAUCGAAUGUGAAGGAUCAGGAGCAACUAACACACACCUGUAACACACACACCUGUAACACACACCUGUAACACACACACACACACACCUGUAACACACACACACACACACACACCUGUAACACACACACACACACACACCUGUAACACACACACACACACACACCUGUAACACACACACACACACACACACACACCUGUAACACACACACACACACACCUGUAACACACACACACACACACACCUGUAACACACACACACACACACACACCUGUAACACACACACCUGUCACACACACACACACCUGACACACACACACACACACACACGCUUGUGUCACACACACACACACGCUUGUAACACACACACACACACACACACACACACCACACACACACACACACACACACACACACACACACACUCGGUAGCUGCUCCCAUCAUGGCCGACCCUCUCAGCUUGUGUCUCUCAGGGUGUUUUCCUUAAUACUGUAAUAAAUAAAUAAACAAUAAACAGUC